AUGUUGGAGCCGGCGCUCUGCAGUGUGUGCUGCUGCACGCUGACCAACAAAGUCCUCAUGGUGCUCUUCAUGGUGCUGCUGGUCUUCGCCAUCUUGUUUGGAAACUUGCUGACUCUGGCGGUGGUGGUGGGGACCAAGCACUUCCACACGCCACAGGGUUACCUGAAGGCGUCCCUGGCUGUGGCGGACCUGGCGGUGGGGAUCUUCGUGGUGCCGCUGUCCGUCUACGCCGAGGUCUACCUCAUGGUGACGGACUCUGCACCCGAGUGGACCUCAUACAACUCGCAGGUAGUGAGUUUCCACCCGUGCAACGUGAUCGGGCCCAUCUUCGCCGGGUGCACCUUGGUCUCCAUAACGACCAUCUUCCUGCUGACGGUGGAGCGGAGCAUCGCGGUGCUGAUGCCGCUGCACAAGGACUCUGUGAUCACUCGUAGGAGAACCACCACCCUCAUCGUGCUCUCCUGGGCGGGCAGCUUCUUCCUGGCCGUGUCUCCGAUGCUCUUCAGCAGCGAGAUCGCUCUGGAGUACAACUCCUGCAGCCGCAUGUGCAACUACGCGCUGGGGGUGGUGGGCGAGUUCCCCAGCCAGGCCUGGAACAUCCUGCUGCUGUUCCCAGCGUUUGACUUCACCCUCCUCAGCAGCACCGUGGUGAUCAACAUCGUGUCUCUGUCCAGCAUCCGGCAGCACUCAAAGCGCAGGAAACACCUGGCUGGGGCCGAGGGCCAGAGGAAAACCAAUCCCACCUUCUCUGACAUCAAGGCAGCGAAGACCAUCGGGACUCUAACGGUGGCGUUCACAGCCUCGUUCACCCCCAUCGCCGUCUUCGUAGUGGGAAACGUUUUGGGGAACAAAUGGUGCAACUUCUCCUUUUUCGCCUUCUGGAUUCUGGCCUCCAACAGCUGCUGGAAUGUCAUUAUUUACAGCGUGAGGGAUCAGAAGUUCCGGCUCCGUGCUCACAAGCUCCUCGAGCCCUUCCAGAGACAGAACCCGACCAAGACCUAA